UACAACCACUAUCACCAGCUUAGCUACGUAGUAUUUUCCAAGCUUUCUGGUUGAUUAGCGUCGGAUCUAUCAAUCAAAACUUUGCUUCCGGCGGCUUCGACCACCAAGCCACCCAACCAUCGACGAGCAAUGGCAGUGAUAGCAGACAGUGGUGACAACGGCGAAAAAAUGAUCCUCCUGAUCAGCUCGGACGGCGAGCGUUUUGAGCUAUCGGAGGCGGCGGCGAGUCAGUCAAAGACGUUGUCCCAUACAAUCGAGGAUGACUGCACCGAUAAUGGGGUUCCUGUUGUUCUCCUCCCCAACGUCACCGCCAUCGUUCUCGCCAAGGUGGUCGAGUACUUCAACAAACACGCCGCCGUAAACCCCAAGGCCUCCGCCACCGACAGCUCCACGAAGACCUCUGCCCCUAAGGCUAGCAAGGAGGAGCUCAAGAGCUUCGAUGCCAAGUUCGUCAACGUCGAUAAGACGAUGCUGGUUGGCUUGAUUUUGGCUGCAAACUACUUGAAUGUGAAGGACCUACUAGAUCUGACCUGCCAGCAUGCCGUGGACUUGAUCAAAGACAUGACGCUGGAGCAGGUCAGGGAGGUGUUCAACAUCGUCAACGACUUCACGCUAUAGGAGGAGGCGGAGGUCCGUAAGGAGAAUGCUUGGGCCUUUGACGAUUAGAUCAUCGUAGUUGGAUGAUUUAAGGCACUUGUUACACAUAUUACUUGAGACUUACUUAGCAUGGGUAUGAUUUAGUAUCCACGUUGAUUAUUCUCUGUAUUAUCUUCUUGGUAACCGUUUGGACUCCUAAUUUAGUUUUUUACUUUGUAAGUAUCCGUUUAGUCGAAACUAUAAACUUGCAUGCUCUUCUUGGCUUUGAUUGGAGCCUUUGAUAUAUCUUAAAAGAAAUAAGAAAAAAACUGACAACUGAAAGUCCAAUCUAAUAUUCUAUUCUUAAAUCCUCGCAAAGAAAUAUUCUAAUCUUGAAGACAGUAUGACUUUUUCUAAAUAAAAACAGUACAAUUUUAAUGGCCCACCAAUCUAAUCUAACAAAGUACCUCUAACUGGCUAGCCUAGAGAGCAGCCCAAAGAAUACAACACAGAUUUCUGGCUUUACCCCAGCCUGAGCCUCAAGUUCUUCCGGUACAUCACUCAGAGACCAUGGUGCUUUGGCAAAUGCCCGACACUACUACGAAAUCCAUUUUUCGUGACGGCCAUUUUGGGUUUUCGCUGGCGGAAUUUGAAACCGCCACAAAGGGCCAGUGAAAAUCAAGAUCUUCGCUAACGG